UGAAUCCCAAGCGCGUAAGAAACAUAAUCGCUACUCCGACUCAUAUAUAAAUGAGUUUUUAAUAGUGUAUUUAUUCAUAUAUGCGAUUUUCUCGUGAUUCAUUCUUCUUCAUCAAGUAAAAUAUCGGCUGGAUUAAUUAUAGCUUCUACAAUUCUUCAAAGAACCAUUUGUGAUGGAUCCAGGCAUGAGAAAGUUGAAAUGCAAUGAUAACGGUACAAAAUCUAACGAGGAAAUGAGUGGUACCUCAUGGUUGUCGCAUCGUAACAGAUUGUUCCAACAAGCAGAGAAACAUAAAAAAAAUCAUUCUACAUUAGUUAACGAACGUGAAAAACAAAAUGAAGUAGUGACUGAAAAGAUUCAUCCAUCCUCCACUUCCGUUCAUGAUUCUGAUAUCGUAACAAGUAAGAAACAUGUAUCUACUCCAUCAAAUGGAUCCAUGAAUAAUGGUGAAAUGAUGGCAGAACAAUCUUCCAAAGAAAAUGACACCAAAAUCUAUGAACUGGAAUGCUUGGAUGUCAUUCAACACUUGGUAGUUGGGUUGACUACUGAAGAUGAUAUAUUCUUCAAAAUCAUCAACAAAAUCCUAGACCUAACCACUACUGAAGAUUCAAAACUCAAAGCACUCAAGUACGAUUUGUUUGAUAUUCUCCUGGCAAACUUACUGGAAUGCACUCCACAGGAACUGACGUCCAUUGAACAGGAAAUCAAAGCAUUGGUCCUUCCUGAUUCACUAAAAAAUUUUGUUGUGGACAGUAACGCUUUGGAAAUAAACACAUUUUUGGGAGGUUUCUCUUCAGUUGUUUUUGCAGGUUGUCUUUCUAAAGAUGGUGUAAAGAAACGAGUGGCUAUCAAAAAACCUUUUCAAAACAUAUUUGAAAAGAGAAUUAUGAAUGAAGCGAAAGUAUUAUCUGAAUGUGAUCAUGAAAAUAUCGUUAAAAUAUUUGGUAUAGUGAAGAAAAAGCCAAUAAUUGCUAUCGAGAUGAUGAGUCUGGGAAAUUUGGAAGAAGCAAUACUGAACCUGAGAUUCUCUGACAAAAAUCUCCUUAAAAUUUGUUUGGAUGUCGCUACCGGAAUGGAAUAUUUGCAUGGAAAACAAUAUUUACACAGAAAUCUAACAUAUAUGAAAGUUUACAUCAAUGCAAAGAAACAAUGUAAAAUUGGAAAUUUUGGAUCUUGCGUUUACGUAGGCGAUUUUAAUGGGCUGUAUGAAGAAAAGGGAUUGAAUGAGAAGAAAAACUGCGCUAUUUGUAUAUCUCCUGACACAUGCAUCUCCAAUAUAUUUAGGUACCAAACAGAUGUCUGGGCAAUGGGAAUACUUAUUUUGGCCGUUUAUGUCGCUUCUACUGGUAACGCUCCAGGUCUCUAUAUUUUGAAAUAUUAUGAAAGAUUUUAUGACGAUCCAGCAAUAUUGAAGCCCGAACGAUGUCCUGAUGAAUUAUUUUCUUUUGUAAUGAAUCAUCUACUGGACAGGAAAUAUGAAAACCGCCCUAGUUUCUAA